GGCCUUCCUCUCCCUGCGUUCUCCGGGGUGCCUGGAGAAUAAGAUUACAAGUGACAGCCAGAAGUAGACUUUCUGUCCUCACACCGAAGAACCCCAGCGAGCAGGAGGGAGGGAGGGAAGCGAGGGGAACCUUUCUUGCCUUUCUGGAGACCUUGUCCGCAGUGUUUUUUUUUUUUUUUUUUUUCUUUUUAAGAGAAUCCCCAGUCACCACCUCGCCUCCCCAGCACCGCCACAGUGUACUGCUCUUAAGGGGUUUUGCUUUGUUUUUACGAUUCUCCCCCCGCAACGAAUCACUUGUCAGAUCAAUUUUAUCUUCUCUCUCCUCCCACUCUCCCCUCCUCCCCCAUCGAAAACCCCAUUCUCUGAGGUUAGACAUUUUACAAACCAUAUAUGUUGUUUUUCGAAUUGUGAUUUUUUUUUUUAAACCCUUCUCUCCCAUGGCUACUCUUCCAGACGUUUAUCGGCCCUUCCCCCGCUUAGGGGGGCGGGGGUGAGGGAAGAGAAAAAUAAUACAAUUUAAGGGGAAGUCGCCUUCAGGUCUGCUGCUUUUUUUUUUUUUUUAAUUAAAAAAAAAAGGACGUAGAAAACAUCAUACUUGAACUUCUCUUCAAGAACCCGGGCUGCAAAGGAAACCUCCUUUGUUUUUGUUAUUUAUAUGCUGUCAAGUUUUGAAGUGGUGAUCUUUAGAGAGUAACUGAGUAUGGAUCAUUUGAACGAAGCAACUCAGGGGAAAGAACAUUCAGAAAUGUCUAACAAUGUGAGCGAUCCGAAGGGUCCACCAGCCAAGAUUGCCCGCCUGGAACAGAACGGGAGCCCACUAGGAAGAGGAAGGCUUGGGAGCACAGGUGCAAAAAUGCAGGGAGUGCCUUUAAAACACUCGGGCCAUCUGAUGAAAAGCAACCUUAGGAAAGGAACCAUGCUACCGGUUUUCUGCGUGGUGGAACAUUAUGAAAAUGCCAUUGAGUAUGAUUGCAAGGAGGAACAUGCAGAAUUUGUGUUGGUGAGGAAGGAUAUGCUUUUCAACCAGCUGAUUGAAAUGGCCUUGCUGUCUCUGGGUUAUUCGCAUAGCUCUGCUGCCCAGGCCAAAGGGCUAAUCCAGGUUGGAAAGUGGAAUCCAGUCCCACUGUCUUAUGUGACUGAUGCCCCUGAUGCUACGGUAGCAGAUAUGCUUCAAGACGUGUAUCAUGUGGUCACACUGAAAAUUCAGUUACACAGUUGCCCCAAACUAGAAGACCUGCCUCCGGAACAGUGGUCCCACACCACCGUCAGGAACGCGCUGAAGGACUUACUGAAGGAUAUGAAUCAGAGUUCCUUGGCCAAGGAGUGCCCCCUCUCACAGAGUAUGAUUUCUUCCAUUGUGAACAGCACUUACUAUGCAAAUGUCUCAGCAGCAAAAUGUCAAGAAUUUGGAAGGUGGUACAAACAUUUCAAGAAGACAAAAGAUAUGAUGGUUGAAAUGGAUAGUCUCUCUGAACUAUCCCAGCAAGGUGCCAACCACGUCAACUUUGGCCAGCAGCCGGUCCCAGGGAACACCGCGGAGCAACCCCCGUCCCCCGCGCAGCUCUCCCACAGCAGCCAGCCCUCUGUCCGGACCCCUCUUCCCAACCUGCACCCUGGGCUUGUGUCAACGCCCAUCAGUCCUCAGUUGGUCAACCAGCAGCUGGUGAUGGCUCAGCUGCUGAACCAGCAGUAUGCAGUGAACAGACUUCUAGCCCAGCAGUCCUUAAACCAACAGUACUUGAACCACCCUCCCCCUGUUAGUAGAUCUAUGAAUAAGCCUUUGGAGCAACAGGUUUCCACCAACACAGAGGUGUCUUCCGAAAUCUACCAGUGGGUACGUGAUGAACUGAAACGGGCAGGAAUCUCCCAGGCAGUAUUUGCACGUGUGGCUUUUAACAGAACUCAGGGCUUGCUUUCAGAAAUCCUACGAAAGGAAGAGGACCCCAAGACUGCAUCCCAGUCUUUGCUGGUAAACCUUCGGGCUAUGCAGAAUUUCUUGCAGUUACCGGAAGCUGAGAGAGAUCGAAUUUACCAGGAUGAAAGGGAAAGGAGCUUGAAUGCAGCCUCAGCGAUGGGUCCUGCCCCCCUGAUAAGCACACCGCCCAGCCGCCCUCCCCAGGUGAAAACCGCUACCAUUGCCACUGAGAGGAAUGGGAAACCAGAGAACAAUACCAUGAACAUUAAUGCUUCCAUUUACGACGAGAUUCAGCAGGAAAUGAAGCGCGCUAAAGUUUCCCAAGCUCUGUUUGCAAAGGUGGCAGCAACCAAAAGCCAGGGGUGGCUGUGUGAGCUAUUACGAUGGAAAGAAGAUCCUUCUCCAGAAAACAGGACCCUGUGGGAGAACCUCUCCAUGAUCCGAAGGUUCCUCAGUCUCCCUCAGCCUGAACGCGAUGCCAUUUAUGAACAGGAGAGCAAUGCGGUGCAUCACCAUGGCGACCGGCCGCCCCACAUCAUCCACGUGCCCGCAGAGCAGAUUCAGCAACCGCAGGCACAGCCGCAGCCGGCGCCGCCCCCCGCGCAGGCGCAGGUGCAGCAGCCUCCGGCCGGGCCCCGGCUACCCCCGCGGCAGCCCACCGUGGCCGCGCCCGCCGAGGCGGAGGACGAGAGCCGGCAGAAGGCGCGGCCGCGGACCAAGAUCUCAGUGGAGGCGCUGGGCAUCCUGCAGAGCUUCAUCCAGGACGUGGGCCUGUACCCGGACGAGGAGGCCAUCCAGACUCUGUCCGCUCAGCUGGACCUGCCCAAGUACACCAUCAUCAAGUUCUUUCAGAACCAGCGGUACUAUCUCAAACAUCACGGCAAGCUGAAGGACAACUCGGGCCUGGAGGUGGACGUGGCCGAGUACAAGGAAGAGGAGUUGCUUAAGGAUUUGGAGGAGAGUGUCCAAGACAAAAAUGCUAACACCCUUUUCUCGGUGAAACUAGAAGACGAGCUGGCGGUGGAAGGGAAUACAGACAUUAACGCCGACGUCAAAGACUGAGAUGAAAGUCUUCUUUUCCUCCAUCAUCACCAGUGAAAUUGACUAACGACACGGAAGGUCCACUCUGUACUCGCUCAGCAAACCUUGUUGUCCAUUGUUUGGCCAAUGAAUCUUCAGAAACUUGCACAAACAGGAAAGUCGAGAAAGGAUGAUUCAGACUGCACUAAGCGUUUUGCUCUCUUUUACAAACUGCUUGGCAGCCCCAGGUGAAGCAUCGGAUUGUUUGGUAUUAAAAAUGAAAAUUUGUGUUCACGGAACACACCCAGGUGUGUACCCCGUAAGCAUGAUACCAGUGAUUUUUUUUUUAAUUAUUAUUCUGGAGCCUCAAACAAGCAUUAUAACUUCUGUGAUUAUUAUUUCCUUCCUUUAAUUAUUUCUGUAACACUUCACACUGAUCUUUGGAAACUCGCCCCUGGUUUAAAAAAAAAAAAGAAAAAAAAGAGUUUGUUACUCUAUUGUAUGUUACAAAAGAACUAUAGACUGUGGAAUGCAGUUUAAAGAUGACAUAUGCCAACAAAUGCCUUGUAUUAUAUGGCACUGCCGUAAUUCAAAUUUGUUUUUAUUUUGGAAAUAAAAGUUCACUGUAUUUUUUUUUCAUUCUCAUUGUUACAUGAUUUUUUAAAAAAUGAAAAGAAAAUGUGAAACACA